CUGCAGCGGAAGUGUCGUCCCACAUUGAGUUUCCUGUGAAUGGGAUAAAAUAAAACGUCGAUGAAUUAAAUGUUUUUAAUUCAUGAAUAAACAGUUAAUAAAUAUUAUUUCAUUUAUCAUCGAUAGAUUUCAGAUCAUCAAUGCUGGCGGACUCAGUGGGCGGCGGUCGGUGUCGGGGGAGGAAACGGUCAGCAGCAGUGGGCGGGGUGGACUCCAGUGGGCGUGGCCGCAGCAGCACACCUGCAGCACAGAUUAGAAGAAAAGCUGCUGAGACUGAGGAAGAGGAAGAUCAGUCUGAGAAAAAGUUCAGAAAAUGUGAGAAAUCAGGAUGUCCAGCCACGUAUCCUGUGUGUUUCGCAAGUGCAUCUGAGAGAUGCGCUAAAAACAGCUACACAUCCCGCUGGUAUCAUCUGUCGUGCGGUGAGCACUUCUGUAAUGAAUGUUUUGACCACUACUACAGAAGUCAUAAAGACGGAUACGAGACAUACUCCUCUUGGAAGAGGGUUUGGACCAGUAAUGGGAAAAGUGAACCCAGUCUCAAAGCCUUCAUGGCCGACCAGGAGCUGCCCUACUGGGUUCAGUGCACUAAAGCAGACUGUGGAAAAUGGCGUCAGUUGAGUAAAGAGACACAGCUGACGGCGGCGCUGGCAUCAUCGUACCGUUGCGGCAUGAAGCUUAACAGUGUUAAAACUGAAGGAUGUGACGUGUGCUCUCAGCCAGAAGAUGGGCGAGUGGCGGGCGUGACGGACAGCUGGUGGCACUCGAUGUUGAUUCUACCGCCGCUGUUUAAGGACAGUUUGGCCAGUCCAUUUCUCUCAUCAUAUUACCCGGACUGUGUGGGCAUGAGUCCGUCUGGCUCCACCUGCAGGCGGCGGCACGCAUCCCAACCUCACGUGCCUGGACUCUCUCCGUAUUUCCAGCCGUUCUACCAGCCGAACGAAUGUGGAAAAGCACUGUGUGUGAGACCCGACAUGAUGGAGCUGGAUGAGCUGUAUGAGUUCCCAGAAUUCUCCAGAGAUCCCACCAUGUAUCUGGCAUUGAGGAACCUGGUGCUGGCAGCCUGGCACAGAGAUUGCAAGGAGGUUCUGACAGCACAGAAAUGUGCUCCUCACGUGAUUGUUCGUGGAUUGGUGCGAAUCCGCUGCGUGCAGGAGCUGGACAGGAUUCUGUGUUUUAUGACCCGGAAAGGUUUGAUCAACACCGGAGCUCUCCCGGUCUCCCGGCCUCUUCUGCCCCACGCUCAGCACAGCAAGGUGUUGGUCAUCGGUGCAGGGGCCGCAGGUCUUGCUGCAGCUCGGCAGCUUCAGAACUUUGGCAUGCAGGUGGUGGUUUUAGAGGCCAGGGAGAGAAUUGGUGGGAGAGUUUGGGAUGACGUGUCACUGGGCGUACCUGUCGGACGUGGCGCUCAGAUUGUAAACGGCUGUGUGAAUAACCCCAUUGCUCUGAUGUGCGAACAGUUAGGCAUGAGGAUGCACAAGUUGGGCAUGCGCUGUGAGCUGAUUCAAGAGGGCGGGCACAUCACAGAUCCAGCUGUAGACAAGCGCAUGGACUUCCAUUUUAACGCUGUACUGGACGCCGUGUCUGAAUGGAGGAAAGACAAGUCACAGUGCCACGAUGCACCGCUUGGGGAGAAGAUCCAGGAAGUUUAUAAGGCAUUCCUGAAGGAGUCUGGGCUUAACUUUACUGACCUGGAGGAAAAAGUUUUCCAUUUUCAUCUGAGCAAUCUGGAAUAUGCCUGUGGGAGUACAUUGGACCAGGUGUCAGCUCGCUCGUGGGAUCACAACGAAUGUUUUGCUCAGUUUUCGGGGGAUCACACGCUUCUCCCUGGUGGAUAUGAGUCUGUACUGCACAAACUUGCAAAGGGCCUUGACAUCCGACUCAAUACUGCGGUUCAGUGUGUGGAGUAUUCUGGAGAUGAGGUAAAGGUGACGUGUACGAGUGGCCGUCAAUGGAGCGCACAAAAGGUUCUGGUGACGGUUCCACUGGCUCUGCUACAGAAGAAUAUCAUUCAGUUCAAUCCUCCACUGCCUGACAGGAAACUCAAAGCCAUUCACAGUCUGGGCGCUGGAGUUAUAGAGAAAAUUGCCCUACAGUUCCCUCACCGCUUCUGGGACAGUAAGAUCCAGGGAGCUGAUUAUUUUGGGCACGUACCACCCUGUCCAGAGAGGAGAGGACUGUUCAGUGUCUUCUAUGAUUUGUGUCCUCAAGGUAAAGAGUGUGUGCUGAUGUCAGUGAUCACAGGAGAAGCUCUGGCGCUGGUGCGAGAUCUUCAGGAUUGUCAGGUGGUAGAUCUGUGUGUGGAUGUCCUCAGGAAGAUCUUUCAAGAGCAGGAAGUUCCAGAUCCGGUCAAAUACUUUGUGACACACUGGAGCAGAGACUCGUGGUCUCAGAUGUCUUACAGCUACGUGAAGACAGGGGGCAGCGGCGAGGCAUACGACAUCAUUGCCGAGGAUGUUCAAGGAAAGGUCUUCUUCGCUGGUGAGGCCACGAACAGACACUUUCCUCAGACUGUGACAGGAGCGUAUCUCAGUGGUGUCCGUGAGGCCAGCAAGAUCACAGCGCUGUAAAACCGUCACGCCAAAACGCUGCAGCGCAGAACUGUUAUGCCAGCGCUGCAGCCGCCAUUUCUGCACUUAGAGGAUGUCCUAAAACUCUUUUACUUCUAAAUUAUUAUACUUCUAUUUCACAGUUUUGAGAUCUUGUUAACUUUAAGAGCUCAUCACGAUAAAGUUACAGCCAGAGUCAUAAUGACAUUAAUCAUGUGUUGAUGCAUUUGUCUACUGAAUGUUAAAUUAUGAAUUCAUACAGGGUUAAAACUAAAUGAAAUAAAGGUUUAUUGUCUAGGCAAUUGGACACCACUACUACGCCAUUAUGCAUCAUCAUUAGCUCAUAUUUCAAAGAAAAUGCGCCAAUGUUUAUCUCAAACUUCCAAGAUGCCGUCGAUUCCUCUAGUGAUCUCCGUAACAGCAAAUCAUUUUUUUUUACAUUUGCUCAUUUUCAGCAUGAAAAUGUAUUAGCCUUUUGGCUUUCGUUGGCGUGUUCUCAAUAAUGUUGCAAUAAACACGCAAUCUGAAAGCACUGUUUAUUUACAUUGUGUAAAUAAUUAUCAAACGUGCGGUAAAAGAUCCCAAAAAGCAAAGUAAAAGCAAAUUUCCCACCACUGCGCUUGUAUGUAUGCUAUCAAGUCACCAGGUAUAAAUAAAAUAUGACCUGGGUGAUAUGAGUCUCUCAGCUCGCUUUGGCAGCCAUGUUGCCGAUGUAGAUGGUAAAUUUUCACAUACCCCUUCGUUUGAAGUCCUGAAAAUCUUUGUUUGCGGGGCUAUCUGGCACUUCCUCCUACCCCUCCAACUAAAAGAGAAUUGGGACACCCCUACCCCUAAACCUUAACGUGAAAACGAAUGGGAAAGUGAAGGGGAGCAUUGGAAUUGGGCCUUAAUAGAAACAAAGGGAAUGAGCACCAUCACAAGGUAUCGCUGACUUUAUAGGGACUCUUAUCAGGUGGAAAAAUAUCAUCAGUCUCCAGGGGCCAGUUGUUUAAAAGUAAUCCAUUUAAUUUCAGCUAUCGGAUUAGAUCAAAAUUUUGCAAAUGGUUGUUUAAAACAAAAAAAAUUAUUCCGAAUUUGUAUUGGAUCACAAAAUCCAAUCUAUGUUUUGAUCUGGAUCAAAUCCUUCAAAAUCUUUUAGUAAGAUUGCGAUAUGUUUGAUACCAAAAGUAGGAUUCUUUUGAUCCCAUCUUUUAAUUCCCAAAUACAGGGUGUAUUUCAGGAACAAAAAUGUAAUCAAACUUUUUUUUCUAAAACUUAUAAACCUACAGUUAGUCUACAAUACAACUUUUCUAUCAUGUCAUAUUUAUAAAUGUAUUAUUUUUUUGUUGACAUUUUGCUCUUGAUUAGUUCAGUCCUUAUAAUGAUAAAGUAUUCAAAGUAUAACAUUGGGCUAUCAUAUAAACCUGCCAGUCAAGAAUGAAAAAAAGUCCAUAUAAAUCCAUCAUACAGAAGUCAAUAGCAAAUAAAACAAAUUAAACAUUAAAACAAAAGUAAUCUUUAACUUCAGCUGUACAGUAUAUUGAUCACAAUCAUCAGAGACCAAACACUAAGAAGUAGUUUUGACAACCAGCAUCUCUACAAAUGUAAACUACAAGACAUGUACCACUCGCCUUCAAACCAUUGAUAAACAUUCAUUUCACACUCAUAAACAUCAAUGAGCUGUAAGUAUAUUAAAGGGGUCAUAUUAUGAGAUUUUUUUUAAGAUGUAAGAUAAAUCUUUGGUGUCCCCAGAGUGCAUAAGUGAGGUUUAAGCUCAACAAACCCCACAGAUAAUUAAUUAUAGCAUCUUUAAAUUGCCAUUGUGUAAGCCUGAGCAAAAGUGUGCCGUUUGUGGGUGUGACAUUUAAAAUGCAAAUGAGCAGAUGAAGUGCAAACACUGAUCACAAUGGUGGUGGUUUUUUCUUGUAAUUAAAACUCUAUUGUGCUUUCAAGUCCUUCUUUUCUCCCUCUUACUCUCUGCACUAAAUGGCAUUGCUGUGGUUGGUUAGUGCAGAUUAUGGGGGCGGUAUUAUUGUAAUUGGCCUUGCUACCUACCUCACAAAACAGGCGAAUUCUGAACGACCUAAUUUUUCACACGCUUGCAGAAAAUGGCUUACCCAAACAAAGUUACUGGGUUGAUCUUUAUCACACUAUGUUGAUAGAAGCACUGGGGACCCAAUUAUAACACUUAAACAUGGAAAAAGUCUGAUUUUCACGCUAUGACCCUUUAAACAACAUGUAAACAUGGCAAACCUUGUCAUAACGUUAAGAUGACAUGAUGAUAAUAAAAACAUGAAUCGGUCAAAAGGUGCUCUUUAAAAACAAACAAACAACAGAUAAAUGAUCACAAUCAUGAAUUGACUUUAUUACUAUCAUCUAUAUAUCCUGAAGGGCACGUGUCCUAGUACAGUGUUUAGUCUUAUACACGUGUCUGUCAUUGUCUAAUCCUGUAGCUUCUUCAAAUGUGUUGGUUUUUUUUAGGGUUGGACCUAACUCUUUAGGAUCUGUACUCUGUCAUACUUAUAAAUGACUGAUAGUAGCAUACAUUUCAG